AAAUUCUACAAACCCCAGUUCAUUCUUGUCAAGACCCUUUAUCAUGCUCUAGUGUGUGUUCGUUUUGCGAGAAUACAACAUUUAUUUUUUUUUUCGAGUGGCCAAUGGCUGAGUACUCAAAACGCCUCGCUCAUUGAGAUAUUUGUUGAUUAACGGUUGAGAGAGGACGACCUUCUAUACCAGUGUGUAUAAAGGUUCCUUGGUAGGCGUUCGAGAGAUCCCGAAACCAGGUUUUUUUGGCCAUUUUCUGAAUUCUUUGAGUUUCACUGGACUUGGACUCAUCAAUUAUCGCAAUCAUGAAGUUUCUGGGGGCCUUUAUUUGCGGAAUGCUGUGUGUUUCGGCGGCUGUUGGAGAUGGCUUGAAGUGUACUUUGAAGCCUGCUGAUAUACCAACCGACUGGCUGGACAUGGUGGACCCCUGCAUAAAGAUCAUGGAGCAUCAGGUGCAAACGGAAAUUCAAGCUGCAAUGACUUAUUUGGCAAUGGGUGCCCAUUUUGCGAGAGAUUCAAUUAAUCGUCCAGGCUUCAGCAAGUUCUUCAUCGAAGCAGCAAGUGAAGAGCGUGAACACGCCAUGAAGAUCAUCGAGUACUUGCUGAUGCGUGGUCAGCUCACCACUGACGUCAGCAAGCUCUUGAAAUUCCCACUGAAACCUCCUCGUGAGGAGUGGCCAAAUGCAGUUACUGCACUCAGCGAUGCCCUGAACCUUGAAGCCAAGGUCACCAGCAGCAUCCGAGAGAUAAUCAAGACCUGCGAGACGCCCAAGACCUCUGACUUCAACGACUACCACCUCGUCGAUUACCUCACCGGUGACUUCCUGGAUGAGCAAUACAAGGGCCAACGUGACCUAGCCGGAAAGAUCUCCACCCUCGGCAAGAUGAUGGCCACUCACGGGCCACUGGGUGAAUUCCUCUACGACAAGAAGAUGCUGAAGGAUGAACUCUAGAAUUGUUCACCUCGCAGCAACAAAUUAUCAAGGGAUAACUACCCUAAUCGAUCAUACUUAUUUUUCAAUGUAAAAAACAAAAUUCCACUUAAUGAUUUAUCUUUUUAUAAAUUCAUGAAUCAAUACUCCGAUUGAAUACUUUUCCAGUUUCAAGAUUAGAAUAAAUCUUCGAGUCAAUUACGUUAAUCUUCCUACGAACAAAUUUUUUCAUUAUACGUAGCUGAUAGUUCCAUAGCAUUCUGUAUGAUCAAAUUUAUGAUGUAAUUAUUGUAUCAUUAUAUAAUGUAACCGUUGAACAAUGUGUUGAAUUCAUAAAUAAAUAAUGGCACAAAUAUAUUAUUCGCUUUAUAAAUGAA